AUGGAUCAGAAGACUGAAAAGGCUUUACUUGAAUAGUAGAAUUAAUUACUAGAGUUAUAGUUAUAAGAAUUAAAGGAGAGAGAAGAUGGUUACAAAAUAUUUAAUGAAACUAUUCUAAAUGCUUAUAAUUCAAUGCAAAAUGAUGUUAAUAAAUAGAAUGUAAAGUUAAAGUCCUAUACUUGUAGAGUUUAGUGUAUAAACAAUUAUAGCAGACUUUAGAAUAAUAUUCUCAAGAGUUGAUAGAAUCUAAAAAUAGAAAUACUACUGUUUUAUCCUCAUUAGAAAAGGAGAAUAGAUACUUAAAAAACUAUUUAGAAUAGUUAGAACUUAAGAUAUAACAAUAAGCUUAAGUUUAAGAAAAUGAACUUAUUGAUUUGGAAUAAUAAAUAGAUGCUCUAUAAUAACAAUAAGAGAGUAGUGUUAUUGUGAAACCUAAAAAAAAGAAACCAUAAUAAGAUAAAGAAAAUAAUAAACCAGAUUAAGGAAGUGGAGGUUGUAUUGUAUCUCUUAAACCUAAAAAUGAUUGUGGGAAAAAGAAAGAAUUAUGCAUUAGUAAUGUAUUAAAUUGUAAGGAUUCAAAUGUUAUGGAGAUCUCUCAAUUAGAUUGGUUAGAUUCUAAUUCUCCAACUGGAUUAUUUAAAUAAUUUUAAUUACAUUAAAGAGGACGGGAUCGUUCUGAUCACUCAUAAAGGUUGUAAUAACCCUAAUUAUCUAAAAGAAUAUUGAGAGAUUAAGGAAAGAGUGAAGAUUCUGUUAGUCCUCAAUAUAUUAGGAAUACAACUCCUUAAAAUUAAUGUAUUACACCUGAAUCAAAAUAGUUAAAAUAUGAUGUACAUUAAGGAUUUGUUAGUAAAGCAGAAUAAAAUCAUUAAAAACCAGAAAAGAAAUCUUUAGCAGAAUUUACAAAAUAAAUUAAUUCUGUUAGAUCAACUGAGAACUUCCAAAUGAUAUUAAGAUAAAGCUCUAUGGUUUGA